AGCCGCCGGCCCUUUUCGACGAUCAGGUGAUCCUCGCCGCGAGCCAGGCCGCGCACCGUCAGUCCUGAAACAGAUACGCUCCUCGCUGCGCUUAGAGCCUGCAGACGUUGCGUGCGAGCUCGUUGCUGCCGCGGUCAGACACUUGCUCCUUCGAGGUUGACGCGACGCACCACGCGUGGAGAGGGCUAUUUUCCAUUUGCAAUGGAGAUAGUCAACACAAAGCCCCUAACGUACUUCGGCGACGAUGACCUGACGCCCGUGCAGCAGUUCUACCAUGAGAAGAGCGUGCUCAUCACCGGUGCGUCCGGCUUCAUGGGCAAGGUGCUGCUCGAGAAGCUGCUGCGCUCCUGCCCUGGCGUCGGCAACGUCUACAUCCUGCUCAGGCCCAAGAGGGGCGAGCAACCCCUCCAGAGGCUUGAGAAGCUCAUGAAGGACCCGGUGUUCGAGCGUCUGCGUCGCGAACGAGGCUCGCUGAUCGGCGCGACACCGGGCGUGGUGCCCAUCACGGGGGACAUCUCUCGUCCAGGACUGGGCAUCAGCGCCGCGGACAGGGCCGUGCUGGUGUCGUCGGUCGAGAUAGUCUUCCACGUGGCGGCGACGGUGCGCUUCAACGAGAAGAUGCGGCAGGCGCUGCAGACCAACCUGGGCGGCACCAACGCCGUCAUGCAGCUCUGCAAGGAAAUGCACCAGCUCAAGUCGUUCGUCUAUGUGUCGACGGCCUACACAAAUUCCCCACGUGAUAAGGUGGACGAGGUCGUCUACACGCCGCCGGUCGACCCGGACAAAAUUCUGCAGUGCAUGGAAUGGAUGUCCGAGGAACAGUUUGAAGACCUCGCGCCAUCGUUGCUCGGAGAGUGGCCAAACACCUACACCUACAGCAAAAUGCUCGCCGAGUGCCUGGUCACCAAGCACUGCACAAACAUGCCAGUGGCCAUCUUCAGGCCGGCCAUCGUCAUCUCAACACACAAAGAGCCCGUGGCUGGUUGGCUGGACAACCUUAACGGCCCCGCCGGCAUCACCAUCGGCUCCCUGCUGGGCACCAUCAGGUGCUUCCACUGCAACAGCAGCCUCAGGGUCGACCUCAUCCCUGUGGACAUGGCCGCAAAUGCCAUGCUCGUUUCCGGUUGGGUCACGGCGCACAACAUCCACGCCGAACCCAAAGUGUACAACUUCGUUUCAAGCGCGCAGAAACCCAUCACGUGGAAGGAGUACAUGCGGAUCUGCGAGACUUACGGCGUGCCGUACCCGUCGGAAAAGGCGAUGUGGUACUACUGCCUCACGCUGGUCAGCAAUAAGCCUCUCUACAAAGUCAUGUCGCUCUUCAUGCACGACAUCCCAGCCAGACUGAUCGACAUCAUCCCCAUUCUGAUGGGUCGCGGUGCCAAAAUGUCCAAGCUGUACGCAAAAAUCGACCAGUUCAGCGACGUGCUGUCCUACUUCACCAACAAGCAGUGGGAUUUCACCGACAACAACGUCCAGGGACUGCACAAGAUGUGCAACGACGGCGACCGGGCGCUUUUCCCGCUCAACAUCGGUGAACUGCAGUGGGAUUCCUACCUCAAGAACUACAUGACCGGGCUCAGGUUGUACCUUCUGAAGGAGCCGAUCGAAAACCUGCCAGUCGCUCGUAGGAGAUACCUCGCGCUGUUCUGCCUGCACAGAGGAAUGCAGUUGGGUCUCCUGUACGGCUCGUUCCGCGUGAUAAUGGGACUGUCGACGGUGUUCGCGAGGUUCAGGCUUGCCAAGUGAGCCUGUGGACAGUUAUUCUUUUGUGCGUGUUGCUGAAUGUGCGCAAAGUGCGAACCGACGUACUCGUGACCGCGCGCGCCGCAGCUUUUUUUCGCGAGAACGGCGGUUUCUUCAUCACUUGCUUGUGUGAUAUCUGUAAGGAGAGAUGAUGGUGUUUCACGUAACAGAGUGCGAUGACGACGCAGAAUUUGCAUAACCAUCUCCAUAAAACACACACACUCGCGUGCUCAUAAAUCCAUUUUACAUAGUUUUUUUAUACACAUACACCGACACAAACAACGUAUAAACAAGCAUUUGCGAUCAACUCAAGUCUAUAUACUUUAUCUGUGAAUAUUUACACUUAUUUAAUUUAAAACGCUCGCCCAAGCCGUUCUCCAUCAUUAGAUGUAAUUAGAGAUCGGAAGUUUUAAGGUAACUAUAAUGCCGGCGAAAUCGCCUUGCUCGGCUGCACGGCUUUUGUGUGUACAUUUUUUGAUGCAAUCGCCGGGCAGACGAGUUUUUUUGCCUAAGAAUCUCUCGUUAGAGAUUAUUGGUUUCGCUGCAUCAGUUGUAAAGUGGUGCGUCUCCUAUUUAUACACGCAAUGGAGGGAAAGUGAUAGGAUUAUUUUAUUCAUGUAACUUUUUUAUUCGCGCUAAAAUAGCCAGCGGUGAAUGUUGUUGUUGUUGGAAUGUUAACGUCGACCAUUUUAUUUUACUACCCUUGACACCUCAAGUAAUGUUUGUAAAUUGCUCAUCUUUGCUCUAGGUAAUGAUAUCGAAGUAUCACCUUAACUAAAAACAAUAAAAGCAUUAUUUUAUAGCCAAA